GAAGGACAAUGCGACCGACAACGCUUUGGGAUGUUCUUAUUUUCCCCUUCUCUUUACGAGCCCACCUGACAGAUCCAUCUAUCCUCCCCAGCCUUUCAUCUGCCUUCAUCCUUGGUCCAUUCGCCCUUGUCGUCAUCGCCCUGACCUUUUCCCUUGGCCGAGUCGAGGAACGAUCAGGGUCCAAGCCAUGGAACCACGGCGAGAAAAUAAUGCUGCGCUUUGAGUGACCUCCAAGAUUCUUAAAACCCUCCAAGUGGAGGCCUGCCAAAUGCCCGCCCCGCUGGCUCGGGUUGAAGUCAUAUCGGAUUAUUCAUUCUUAGUUGGAUUAUUGCUACCCCAUUUUCUUCCUUAAUUCUUCCCUAAUCUACUUGGUAUCAGUAUUUUAGUCUUCCCCUCCCAAAAAAUCCUCCCUCCCCAAUUUCGCUACGGAUCGGCCGGAUCGCCGGCUGGGGUCAGCAAACAGUCAUUCCGUUCUUGAACUAUUCCUUAUAAUUAUCCCCGAG